AUGUUCAAACCAUCGACAUAUAGUUGUUGUUGUUGGUGUAGUGUGUCUCGUGUCAGAGAUCAUCCGAGUGCUACUGUCCAUCAUCUCACAUAUAUUCCAUAUCAUGAAGAUAGAGAUGAAAUGACUCCCUUGAAUUCAAUUCAAAAUUCUGGCAGCGGAACGGAAAAUGAACCCUUUGUUGUUUAUCGUAAUCCUCGAAUGAUUGGAAAAGAAAAUAAACGCUUACGAUUUAUUUGCAUGUCGGAUACUCAUAAUGAUAUUGAUAAAAUUCAUAUUCCACAUGGCGAUGUAUUUAUUCAUUGUGGUGAUGCUGUUAAUCAUCGCACAAGCUCCCGUGACAUAGUUAGAUUCAAUGAUUUCGUUGGUCAACUUUCGCAUAAAUAUAAAAUUUUCAUUAGUGGUAAUCAUUGUGUUUGUUUGAAUCCAAAACGGCCAGAUAAAAGUCAAAAAUUACUUACAAAUAUGAUUUAUCUUCAAGAUCAAUUAAUUGAUAUUGACGGCGUACGUAUUUAUGGUAGUCCAUGGAGACCAAAACGUGGUUGUUUUUAUCGUGCAGAAGCAUUCGGUUAUGAUUCAAAGCAUAUACGAGAAGAUAAAUGGUCGAAGAUUCCUGAGGAUAUUGACUUUUUACUUACACAUGGGCCGCCUUAUAGCAUUCGAGAUUAUAAUUCAUCAACAGAGGAACAAUUAGGUUGCCCAGAUUUAUUAGAUGAAAUAGUUACAAGAAUUCGACCACGCAUUCAUCUUUUUGGACAUAUGCAUUCAUGUUACGGAGCAAGUUUAUAUAAAAGUGAAGAUAAUCGAAUACUAGAAGGUGAUCAAUUUCAAACUGACUCUAAUGAUAUUCUAUUUGUUAAUCUUGCUAUUCAUCAAGGGAUAUCAUAUGCUAAGCCAACUGUUAUUGAUUAUUAUUAUUAG